CAGCCGUGGUUUACACUUCUUUUCUUGCCUUAGUUUUUUCCUCCUCUUUUUGCUCCGUUUUUUCUCUCUCUUGCAUCAUAUCUUUCUUCACCAACAUCUCUUUAUAACCACCUCUCGCCCAACCCACUCUUCUCCAAACCACAAACCACAAUCCCACUCUUCUCCCACUUCCUACUCAACUUCUCCUCGCCCAGGUAAAAUCUUCUGUAAAACUUAAAGAACCAACAAAAAUUUUGUCUAUGGACUCGGCAAAAUCAGUGAAAAGGCAUUGUUUUAUCGAAGAAGAUGAUGGACUUGCUUCACUAGCAGAUAUGGAAGCUGGAUUCUCAGGGAGCCAUCACAACUACCCUUUGGUUUCUAGACCACUUUAUUAUGGUGCUAUGCAAAGAAGAAGCAGUUUGAGACGUAUUCCUUCACUUUCGUCUGCUUUUGUCUCCUCCCCAAGAUCUGCUGCUGGCAAUAGUACUAUGAGAUUUUAUGAAGAACCCCACCAAGCCCAUUUCUUGGAUGCUUGUUUUCUCUGUAAAAAACCUCUUGGCAGCAAUAAAGAUAUCUUCAUGUACAGAGGUGAUACUCCAUUCUGUAGUGAAGAGUGUAGACAAGAGCAAAUGGAGAUGGAUGAAUCCAAGGAGAAGAGUUGGAACCUCUCCGCUUCAAUGAGGGCAUUGAGAAAAAAGGACCAGAGAAAAUCAACCUCUCCCAACAAACAAGACUGCAAUUUCCGCACCAGCACAGUUGCUGCUGCUUGAGUCUCGUGACUAAUGACUCUUCUUGACCAAAUCAAAAUAUGCUAGUAGUAUCAUAUAAAAAAAAAAGGCAACAAGAGCCCUCUUUUUCCUCCUUAUUUUCAUGCCAGUAAAGAAGAGACUCCCAAAAAGAACUUGGAGAAAUCACCAAGACUUUGCCAGUGAAGUGAAGGGCCUUAUCAUAGAGAAGUGAUGAAGAAGAAGAAGAAGAAAUAUAUUUUUUUUGCCUUUUGUGUUUAGUUCUUUUUCUCUGUAAAAAGAGUUGUAUAAAUGUUGAUAUGAGAGAGGAGAGGUCUGUUUUGACUGUGGGUGUGACUGAUGAAGAAUCUGUGAUGGCUCUUUUUUUGGAGCUGUGCAAAAGCAAUUUCGGUUCCUUUUUUGGGGGUUUGUAUCAUUACGGCAAUGAGAGAAGCCACUACUAAAGUAUAGUACAAGGGAAAUUUCUUUUGUUCCCAUUGAUGGUGAAUCACCUUUUGAUCUUUUUCAGUUUGAAA